GUGAGUACGAGUACAUUGAUGGCUUGCUUUGCACAUGUCCAGCCCCAUGUUGGCCUCGUGCAAACUCCGCAAAGACCAGCUGGUGGUUUGGCGGUUUGGCAAAGACCGCCGCGAAGGUGCCAAACUUCCAGCCGAGCUGUCCUGGCAGUUCUAGCAGCCGGUCUGGGAGGAAGAGGAAGCAAGCAAAUCCUUGUUCUAUCAAGGAGCUCUGUAGAUUCCAGCAAGGGAGUCAAGCUUGCUGAGAGGAUUGUUUCUCAAAUUAACGAGCACUUCGUUCUUUGGCUGAUUGGUGUGACGCUGCUUGCGAUUGCUUUCCCUGAGAAACUCGAAUGCAAGCGAGCAGUUUGUUUGUACAAUUUUGUACAUUGUUGCGCUUGGUGGAUCGCUGGACCUUUGUGUGGGUGAAGCCAGAGUGGUUUACGUGGCUGUUAGGUUUAUUGAUGUUUAGUGUUGGUCUGACUACAAGUGUAGAGGACUUUCGGUCCAGUAUGAAGAGCUGGCUUGCAGUGGUCAUCAACAGCUGCGCUUGCUUCAUGAUCAUGCCAGCGCUGGCCUAUUUUCUGGCGUUGCUGAUAAAGGCAAAUGCACCAACCCUUGCCGGGCUUGUGCUGAUUGGCUCCAUCAAUGGUGGACAUACUUCGAAUUUGUGCACUUUGAUUGCUGGAGGUGAUGUGGCGUUGAGCGUGCUUAUGACAAUGUCGACAACGCUCCUGUGCAUCGUCGCUACUCCUCUGAUUGCCCAACGCAUCUUAGGAACCGUUGUUUCAGUGGAUGCGAUUGGGAUCGUCCUCUCCACCGUUAAGGUGGUGUUAGCGCCUACGAUUUUUGGCCUAGCUUUCAAGCAGUGGUUGCCAAAUGCUUCGUCCAGGGCAGCAAAGUUCACUCCUGUCUUAGGGGUUGUGGCGACCUGUAUCAUUGUUGGUUCUUCAGUCGCAUCGUGCCAGUCCUACAUCCUUUCAGCUGGUUUGAGCUUGCAAUUGGCCGUGCUGUGCCUCCACAUAUUCGGUGGCUGCUAG